UCCAUAUCCCGUGCUUCCCUGAUGUUAGAUGACAAAGUCCCUUGGCGUAGUAUACAUGUUCUAGGUCUGAUUAAUUGUUUAUGUGUUGUUUACUUUCAGACAAAAUGGCUUUUAUGAUUUAAUUACUAUAUCUGAUUAUACGUCAGUGUUGCGCGUUUCUUAUUUCAAAGUGCACAACUAAUGGCCACAGGUUGUGCUUGCGAACUUCUUGGUAGCGAUCCUGAAAUAUUGGAUUAUAACUACUGCGAUUAAUUUGUUAGUUAGACGAUUCGGAUUUAGCAAAUGCACAAUCGCGGCAGAUCGCGAUCUCACCGGUCGGACACGGGACUAGGCUCAUCCGUCCCUAAAAUAAAAAAAUUCAUUCAGACAAAUGUGGGUCAACAACGACCGGCGUGCUUGUUAUUCAUCUAAUUGAAUUACUCACCAAACAACAUUUCACGUUUGAUUACGACGCUAGGAGCAAUGUCCAACAAGAUUACAAGGUUUCUGCUGCUGCCGACCCGGUUCUGCCUGUGUCUUUUAUCCUUACUUUACUGGGUCCUGGUAUAUGGCACGGCUUUGAUAACUGCAAGCAUGGUUCUGACCCGUAUUGCAUGGAGAGGACUGAAGAAUCCCCGUAAAACGUUUCAGUGGACAGUUCGCAAAUCCCCACCAUCCUGCCUGCGGGACCCCGAACUAGGAAGACACGGAUAUGUGCGGGCCAGGAGCUCCGGCCUGCGGCUCCAUUAUGUAGAGAAAGGGGACAACAAAAAUCCUCUGAUGCUCUUCCUUCACGGUUUUCCGGAGAACUGGUACUCCUGGAGGUACCAGAUGUGUGAGUUCAGCGCUCAGUACCACACAGUGGCCAUCGACCUGCGUGGCUGUGGAGACUCUGCUGCCCCCUGCAGGCCAGAGGACUAUGCUCUGGAAAAGCUGCUGGAUGACAUCAGGGACACCAUUAGCAGCCUAGGACACACGAGUUGCGUGUUGGUUGGGCACGACUGGGGCGGGAUGCUGGCCUGGUACUUCGCCCUGGAACGCCCUGAUAUGGUGCAACGUCUCAUCAUCAUGAACGCCCCACACCCCGCCUCCUGGCUAGAUGCGGUCUUGCGACGACCUUCUCAGCUCCUGCAGGCUGGACAUGUCUGUUUCUUCCAACUGCCCCUACUGCCUGAAAUCGCCCUCUCCGUGGAGGACUUCAAGCUGGUGCGCAGCCUGUUCUGCGGCCGCCGUUUGGGGAUCAGGAACAGGGCGCGGCAGCUGACGGCGGAGCAGCUGGAGGGAUACCUGUACCGCCUGUCCCAGCCUGGGGGGCUCACGGCUCCACUUCACUACUACCGCGCACUGCUCAGCAACAGCCUGUACAAGCACCAGGACGCGCAGGUGGCCUGCAUGCUCAUCUGGGGCGAGGAUGACGGCCUGCUGGUGGAGGGGAGGUCAGGCGGCGGGCGGCCGUACGCCAGGGCCGCUGCCACAGUGCACAUGAUCCCGCACUGCAGCCACUGGGUGCAGCAGGACCAGCCUGAGGUGGUCAACAAGCUCAUGUCAGAUUUCCUGUUGGGUCUGGGUGUGGAGCAGCACCACACCCAUCAACAGGGGCGAGAUGGACUGUAACCCAGAAGCUGGAGAUUGUGGAGGCUGGACAGUGAAGCUUCUGGAAUUCUCUGCUAAUAUUGCUCAUCUUCCUGCAAAAAUAAUUAUCUGUAAUUAAACAUCGUGGACUCUGACAUGCCUCUCUGUGGAAAACCCCCCAGAGAUGGUGUUUGGCUCAUUGGGUUAUGACUCUGUGCUUUUAAUCAGAAGGUUGCUGGUUCAAUUUCGAAAGCCAACAGAGUGGUUUUGCUGUUGGGUCCUUGAGCAAGGCCCUUAACCCCCAAUGGCUCCAUCCUUUGCUACCAGCGAUUAGUGAAAUGAGUCUUUGAAUUCCACAAUUGCCAGGAUUAUGUACUAACUGCAACCCUCCUCCCAUUGGUCGCUAAAUUAGUCCUCCCCACUCAGCCCCCCCCGCUGUUAAGUCUCUCACCAGCUUCCUCUCCUUGCGUUCCAUCCCAAUCUCCUUCCUGUAUCCUCUUUCCUCGCCCCUCGUCUCAGUAUCUCCAUUCCCUGUCCCGCGCUCCGUCUCCCCCAUCCACUCCCUCGGCAACACGACCUCGUCUCUCACAGAACAAUGAUGGCCUCCCUCCCCCCUUCCUUUCUCCACGUCCCUCUUUGACCCCACCCUCACCCCUGCUUCUCUCACUCCAUACCCAUCCUCAUUCCUGUUUGUUUUUUCUUUUGCCCAGUUUCCCCUCCUCUCUUUGUCAGAACCCUGUUAUUCAUUCAUGCAAACUUCCCCAGCAUGAGUCUUCCUGGGUUUCUUUUCCUUUUAAAUUGUUUUAUGUUUUUUGACUAAACUACACGCCAAGCCCUGAGCUAAGACCUUCUUGGUGCCAAAAUCUGCUCAUGUUAGAUGUGUCCUCUUAGCUGGCUGUCAUCUGAAACAGUCGUUCUAGGCUCUUUGUUUUACAGUUUCACCCCCCACCCAUCCAAAAAACAAACCCAUCCCCCACUGGGUGGAGGAUCUCUCCCAUAGACUCCCUCCUGUGAAGAGUUUCUGCCCUUCUCACUUUUGGCAUGGUUGAUUUGUACCGUGCCCAAACACGAUUGUCCUUGUUCCUGCUCAGGCCAAAACACUUCCAAAUAAGCCACAAAAUAGGGACUUUAAUCAUGAACUCCAUUGCGAUGUGUGAUAGCCGUUUUCCUGUGUUUUCUUCAAAACAAAAAGUUGCAAGGCAAUGACCAAAGUUCAGGCAGCACAGCUGCAUUGUGUUUGUAGAGAACUGACAAAUGCCUCCAAUAGCAUGCAACCAUGUUAAUGGACUUUAAUGUGUAAUAAGUAAUGCCUCAAUAGUCUAUAUGAUCAAAUCGUAUUUUUGCUCAAUACUACUCUUGUACUCCUUACAAGUAAAUAAAGAGUUCACAUUUACCACCUUA